AUGUCACAACAAAUGAGCAGCAUGGACCUCAAUUCAUCACAGCCUCGGCAACUCGACGUCAGUGCCCGGAACCUUCGCAUGGUCGCUGACCUCGGUGCAGGAAAUGGCGGGACCGUCAGCAAGGUGGAACACCUCCCCACAGGAGUCAUGAUGGCCAAGAAAGUCGUGUAUAUUGAUGCCAAGCCCGACAUUCGAAAGCAGAUUCUUCGUGAGCUUCAGAUCCUGCACGAGUGCCAUUCUGAAUUCAUCGUUGGGUUCUAUGGUGCCUCGCUGAGUGAUAUCCAUCUUUACAUGUGCAUGGAGUACAUGGACAUGGGUUCGCUCGAUUCCAUCUACCAGAAACACGGUCCAAUUGAAGUGGAUGUGUGCGGCAAAAUUGUCUAUGCUGUUGUACAUGGUCUUUCAUAUUUGUACGAGCAAUUCCGCAUCAUUCAUCGCGACGUCAAACCAAGCAACAUUCUUGUAAAUCACCAGGGCCAAAUCAAACUAUGUGACUUUGGUGUAUCGGGUGAACUCAUCAACAGCAUGGCCCACACGUUUGUCGGCACGAGUACAUACAUGAGUCCUGAGCGGAUCCAAGGCGAUCAGUACACUAUCAAGUCAGACGUGUGGUCACUAGGUAUCACUAUAAUUGAAAUCGCUCACGGGUGCUUCCCCUUCGCGAUUGAGAUGGAUGAUGACCCUGACGCAACGACUCGCGCCGGCGAACGCCGGUUCGAGGAUGUGCGCUCCCUGUCAAUUUUUGAGCUGCUUCAGCACAUUGUACAUGAGCCACCGCCCAAGCUCAAUCCCGAGGCACACUUUCCUCCUAGCAUGGUCGAUUUUGUGAAAGCAUGCCUACUCAAAGAUCCCGUGAGGCGCCCGACACCGAUGGAGCUUCGCACCUAUCCCUUCAUGGUUAUGGCCAGCGUCUCGAAUGUCAGUCUCGUUGACUGGGUUCAACGUCUGAAUGCUGGAACGCCUCAUCACUGA